AUGAGCUCUGCAGCGAGCGGGCGCAGGAAGCGCCCCCGCUCCGCCGCCUCCAUCUUCCAGGGCAGCAAGACCUCGCCGCACGGCCGCGACAGCGAACGCCGGGGCAGCGGCUCCGAUAGCGCCUACCAGACCCAGAGAGCCCUGGAUGACUGCAAGAUGCUUGUCCAGGAGUUCAAUACCCAGGUGGCUCUAUAUCGGGAGCUGGUCAUUUCUAUUGGGGAUGUCUCAGUCACCUGUCCAUCUCUGCAUGCAGAAAUGCACAAAACUCGAACCCGAGGAUGUGAGAUGGCCUACCAGGCUCAUCAAAAACUAGCAGCAAUCUCUGGCCCAGAAGAUGGUGAAAUUCAUCCUGAAAUCUGUAGACUAUACAUCCAGUUGCAGUGUUGCUUAGAAAUGUACACAACAGAAAUGCUUAAGUCCAUAUGUCUGCUAGGAUCACUGCAGUUUCAUCGGAAAGGAAAAGAACCUUGUGCCCCAGCUAAGAUCCUAGAUACUAAAGUGGAGGAGAGUUCCGAAGUACCUAUUUUAGAAGACACGUCAUCAUCACCAACAGAUGUUCAACAGCAUUUAUGGCAGGUUUCCACAGAUAUUGAAAACACUGAAAGAGAUAUGAGAGAAAUGAAAAACCUUUUAAGUAAACUCAGGGAGACUAUGCCUUUACCACUGAAAAAUCAAGAUGAUAGCAGCCUCCUAAACUUGACUCCAUAUCCAUUGGUAAGAAGACGGAAGCGAAGAUUCUUUGGACUGUGUUGUCUUGUCUCAAGUUAGAAGAUUAAGCACAGAAGCACCAAGAAAAUCAUAACUUUGAUUAAACCACUAUUAUUUGACCACUGAAAAGAUGAACAUUGCUACUCUUGAUUAUAAAGUACAUUUUCUACACUAGCCCACUACAUCCCCCUUUUCAAAAUAAGGGUUUUAAUAGUUUAAAGUUAUGAUGGUCAAAAACCAGCUGUGGAAUAGGUCUAGCAUAACUAAGAAUGUUUUUAAAACUUUUUAAAAUAUGUUUUGCAUGCUUACUUUCAACCACUCAGAGAAAAGACACAUGAAUUAUGGUUAAUAGAUAAUUUUAAAGUUUUUUUAUUGUUUGAACUGCAGCUAAAAGUUUGUGCAUAGUACAGUACACUUAUUAGUAUCAUAUUAAAAUACUUGAUCAUAUUCUAACAGUCUUUAAGCGUAGAAAAAUAUUUAACAGCAAAAGUAUUAAAGUUCUAAAACAUUUAAACAAUAUUGUAACAGAAUUUGCACAAAAUCUCCAGUUGCUUUUUGUGCUCUCAUUCAUAUUUAGUCUUCCACUAUAUCUCAAUUUAAAAGCUUCAUAGAAAAAUAUCUUAAUUUAUGAUACACAAACCAUGUAUGAAAAUACUUAGAACUUGUAAAUACAGAGAAAUCAUAGUAUCUACAUACUGUACAAUGCAUAGAAGCAACAGAUUUCCUUUUAAGCUGAUAGUAUCUCUACAGGCUUUUGGAAAAAAUAAAUAAUUUAUUAAAAGAAGGUGUAUUAAAAUAAACAAUGUAAAACAGAACAGUAACCCAUUUUGUUUCCAAUAGAAUUCAAAGCAUGGUGUCUGCAUAUCACUAAGUAUUAACUCUUAUAGGGCAUGCCACAAUUAUCUGAGACUGUAAGAUAUUAAACGUUUUACAUUGUUAAUAAAGUUUUUUAUUUAA